AUGAAUAGGUCUACUUCUUGUAGUGAUAUCUCUUUAGAUAGUUUAGAAGACAAUUUUAAAAAUAAAUCGAUACAUAAGGAGAAAUCGUAUGAGGAGCAGGUGGAAACAAUACUUGUCCCUUUUUAUGAAAAUGACGUCCUAAUAAGAGUGCCCAAGUUGUCAAAAGAAAGGAAAUCCAAUCAGAAAAACCGAGAUAGGAAAAACAGCAAAUUUAAAAAAGAACCCGAACCUCAGAGCUAUUUAAUCAACAAAAACAUACAAAACAAUAAAAAAUGCAGUUACUUAGAUAUAUUUCGCAAGCAAUUCGUCCCAAAUUCACUCGGCAAAAAGAAACAGACUGAAGAAAUACGUUCUAUAUCGCCUCAAGUUGGUGACACUGAAACCGGAAGCCUGGAUGACGAAGGAAAUAAUAACGAAUCAGAAUUUUAUAACACAGAGGCAUACAAUGAUGUUUAUUAUGAUCAACUUAUCAACCAAGAUAUGGAAUAUUAUUUACAUCAGUCUUUAGAAGAACUGCAGCUUUCUCAAGAUCUAGAAAUCAAGUUGGAAGAUGAUGAUAAUAAUCUUAAAAGCGUAUCUGAAGUGACGCAACCACGGCGAGAACGAGGACGAGUUCAGCCUCUGCACAACAUGAAACUUGGUGGUUUGGGCCCAGAUACGGAAAACAUCAGACCAAGAUUAGAAAGAGCUAGAAGUUUACAACGAUACUCAGAAAAAGUAAGAAUGGCAAACCGUCUUAGAAUUUAUAAAAAAGCGGUUGAAGAGGAUAAAGAGACCCAACGACAAGCUUCGGCUAAAAAUUCUCAAUCUGCGAGAAAUAGAAGUGCAGAAGAGAAAAACACUUACCUGAUAAAUAAAAAUAUGAAAGAAAAAUCGUCGUUAAUAAAAAAGAUUUACCACGGCAAGUCUAAAUCGGCAACUGUGCAAAACUCAAAAACAAGGGAAAACAGACCACCAAACGAAACAAAUGAUAAACGGGAACAAAUACCAAAAAAAUCGGCAAAGAAUGUGCAUAUUAAAAAAAAUGAAAAUUGUAGUGGAAAGGUACGAAUUAAAAGUAUUAAAAUAGACAAAGGUACGGCCACUGAUGAUAAACAACAUCGAAACGAAAAGACGAGGCCCAUGGAAAUUAAUUUCCUUGUUAAUAUAGAUGCGGGAUUAAGACCAUCUACCGCUUUGCGAAAUUUGGAAGAAAAACAUAGACAAUAUCAAGAGAAAGUAAAAACGUUUAGUACGGAUUAUAGAAACGAUUAA